AUGCAAAACGACAUGCCAACUAUCAGCAAGAACAGAAACUUCAAAUUGCGCGCUUUGCUGCAAGGUCACACAGGAUCGGUUGCCUGUCUUGCCGCCCACCCGCUGGGAACUCUCUUAGCGUCAGGAGGUGAGAAGGGGACACAAAUAUGGGAUUUGCGAAAUGGAGAGCAGCUUAACUCGCCAACGAAUGGUGCUGAGCGUGGGGCGACGUUGGCGAUAACAUUCAUCACUCGUACAGACGACACUGAUGACGGACUCGCUUUUGGGACGGAUGAUGGUUGGCUAAGUAUAUGGAGGAGAAGGGGAAACAACGAUUUUGCAGAAGUGUACUGCAACCGCCUUGAAGGCGGGAAGGAUGGCCAAGAAAUUUCUGCAAUGGCCUACGACAUCAAAUCUUGCCAGCUGGUAGUGGCACAUCGUUCAGAAAAAAUACACCGCUUCGUGAUCGACGCCGAGAUGCAACCAACAAAGAUAUGUUCCGUCCGAAUCGCGAAUCACUAUCCACAAGCGGUUGCUUUCGGUCAAACUGCGGCACGAGGACCUGAAAUCUGGUCUUUCGGAAGAGACGAUGGCAAAAUCCAUGUCCUUGAUGAGGAAGGAAAGAUAGUGAAGACGAAGACCACGGGAGUUGUGAUAGGACAUGCUGCCAUCCACGUUAGAGACGACACCUUCAUCGUCAACGACGUCUCUCAAGGCGUAGGUCUGUAUAAGCUGUCAAGUACAGACAGAAUCAAGACGUUCGAAGUGUCGACUGACAAACUGCUACCGAGGAAUGUUUGUUUCCACGAAGACGGGAGCACCAUAGUCAUCGGUAGUGAUAACGGAAGGGUCUACGUCUUUGAUAGACGUACAGGAGAGGUCGGCGACAUCAUAGACAUUGGCGUGCAUGAAUGGACGCAAUCCCUGGCGACCGUUGAAGUGGAAGGUGUUCCGCUAAUCAUUGUAGGAGAUUCGGGUGAUCAUGCAGGGAACACACCGCUGCAGAUCUGGGAGAAAGUGAAAGUGAAGGUUCCUGCAUCGGACGAGGGAGGCGGAAGGAAAGUUGGUGGGGGAUUCAACUGGUUGCAAUUCAUUUGCAUCCUACUGUCCAUUCUCUUCGUGUUAGAGAACGUGCUGGUGAGUGCCAUGUAA